GUAUAAAAAACUACUACUCCAAUUUUGAGGAUUCAUUUAUCACUUUCACACACAGAUCAUCAUCUCUCUCAAAUCUCACUAUAUACACCUUUGUAUAAUGUACCUAUAGCUCUUCGGAUUGUACUUUUUUUUCCUUCCGGUGAUUCAAAAUUCGAUAAUUCACUGUAGGUGAUUGAUUACCUAUUUAAAUGGCUCAUCUACCUUCAGUAUUUCUCUUGAUCUUCACUUUAUCCUUGAUCCAAUACGGCGUCGUUCACUGUAAAACUCUCAAGCGUGAUGUGAAAGCUUUGAAUGAAAUUAAGGCAUCUCUUGGAUGGAGAGUGGUGUAUGCAUGGGUUGGAGAUGAUCCUUGUGGAGAUGGUGAUUUACCUCCAUGGUCUGGUGUUACAUGUUCCACACAGGGUGAUUAUAGAGUAGUUACCGAAUUGGAAGUUUAUGCUGUUUCAAUUGUUGGCCCAUUUCCUACUGCUGUCACUAAUUUAUUGGAUCUUACUAGACUGGAUCUGCACAAUAACAAGCUGACCGGCCCUCUUCCUUCUCAAAUUGGGCGUUUGAAGCGUCUAAAAAUAUUAAAUGUAAGGUGGAAUAAGCUGCAAGAUGUCAUUCCACCUGAAAUAGGUGAACUAAAGCAGUUAACACAUCUCUACCUAAGUUUUAAUAAUUUCAAAGGCGAAAUACCCAAGGAGCUUGCUAAUCUUCCUGAACUUCGUUAUCUCCAUCUGCAUGAAAAUCAUUUUACUGGACGAAUUCCACCUGAACUGGGUACGUUGCAGUAUCUUCGACACCUGGAUGUUGGUAAUAAUCGGUUUGUUGGAACUAUAAGAGAACUCAUACGUAUUGAAGGAUGCUUUCCGGUUCUCCGCAACCUAUACUUAAAUAAUAAUUAUCUUACUGGAGGCAUUCCAGCGCAACUUGCAAAUUUGACGAACUUGGAGAUCUUAUAUCUAUCUUACAACAGGAUGACAGGAGUUAUACCAUAUAGCAUUGCUCAUAUUCCUAAGUUAACUUACUUGUAUCUCGAUCACAAUCAAUUCUCCGGGAGGAUCCCAGAUGCAUUCUACAAGCACCCUUUCUUGAAGGAAAUGUACAUUGAAGAGAACGCGUUCCGGCCUGGCGUAAAACCAAUCGGCCCGCACAAAGUUCUAGAACUUUCGGAUGCAGAUUUCCUCGUUUAAGGGGAAAAAAAAAAGAA